AAACACUCUUCUUCAGUGCCAAGUGCUCUGCUCCUCGUUCUCCACAACUCUUUUGUUCUCUAACCAAGAUUAUAUAUAUAAUCCUCAUCUUUUUCUUAACUUUAUCAUCAUAAUAAUACGUCACAACACAAGCUCCCCUUACAAGUCCAAAUAUUUUACUCCUAAUUCUAUAAAAACGCCAAGUUUUCUUCUUCUUUUACAUUGCCAACUCUACUCCUUCACCAUGGCUUCUCUAUCUCUUCUCCUUUUUUCGUUCUUCUCACUCAGUUUUCUCGUUUUUGUUUCGGAACCCAAACUUAGUCCACUCAAGCCAACACGGUUCGUUCUCCCGGUUCGCAAAGAUGGCGCCACGGGUCUCCACGUAGCCAACAUUCAGAAGCGAACACCUCCUGUACCGGUCCCUGUGGUGGUUGAUCUCAACGGUCGAUUCUUAUGGGUUAACUGCGAGUCCCAGUACCUCUCCUCGACGUACCACGCUCCGGCUUGCCACUCGACUCAGUGCGCCCGAGCCAACGCUCACUACUGUCACACCUGCUCGGCCCAGCAAACCCGGCCCGGUUGCCACAACAACACCUGUGGCGUCACGGCCAGGAACCCAGUCACGCGCCAGGCAGCCGUCGGUGAGCUGGCCCAAGACGCUCUCUGGGUCCUGUCCACGGCCCAAGGUUCAAGCCCAGGCCCAUUAAUGGAAAUCCCUCAGUUUCUGUUUGCUUGUGCUCCAUCCGUACUGUUACAGAGGGGGUUCCCGAAAAAAGCCCAAGGUGUCGUCGGCCUCGGGGGCCAUUCCUCGGUGGCUCUACCGAUUCAACUCGCUUCCCAAUUCGGAUACCAACCCAUGUUUGCCACGUGCCUCUCACGUGGCAAAGGCGUCGUAUUUUUCGGCGAAGGGCCGUACUUCCUCCACCCGGGAAUCGACGUCUCCCGUGAGUUGACUUUCACGCCGUUGACCAUAAGCCGCGGCGGAGAGUACUUCAUCACCGUGAGUGAAGUCAGAGUCAAUAACAAGCUCGUCCCGUUAAACUCAACUCUGCUUUCGCCACCCAUACGCGGCCUUAUUACGGGGUCCGCAAUGAUCAGCACAACGAACCCGUACACUAUACUGGAACACUCUUUAUUCUCUGUUUUCGUGAACUUUUUCGCCAACGAGCUUUCUGGGGUGCCCCGAGUCCAAGCGGUGGCUCCAUUUGGAACUUGUUUCGACUCGAAGAGAAUUACCAGAACCAGAGCUGGUCCGACGGUUCCUCCUAUCGACCUGGUUUUGGGGAAUCAGAAUGUUAAGUGGAGGAUAUUCGGGGCCAACUCGAUGGUGGAGGCUCGGCCGGGAGUGAUGUGUUUGGCUUUCGUGGAUGGUGGGGUCAGUCAGGCCAGGGCUCCGGUGGUUAUAGGGUCAUACCAGUUGGAGGAAAACUUGGUGCAGUUUGAUCUGGCAAAAUCGAGGUUGGGUUUUAGCUCUUCGUUGCUGUUUCGAAGGACUAGUUGUGCCCACUUUAACUUCACUUCUAUGUAGUAUAAGUGUAUGACUGUGAUAUGAGAAAAGUAAGUGUUAAAAGUUUAGACGUUUGAAGACACUAUAAUAGUAGUGUUGAAUGAUGUGAAUCUAAAAUAAAAAGUCGUUUUGUUACG